CGUGCAGUAGUGAAAAUACAAGAAAAUAAAAAGAUCGUAGGUAUAUAUGGAAAAGUGCACAAUAUUUCUAAGUUGUUUUAUAGAUUAUUGAUACCAGGCACGUUAGAGUACAGAGUUUCGCUGCAUCCAGUUUUGAUAGUAUGCAAAACAGUUAAAAAUGGCAAAGAAAGGUCUGGUGAAGUUCUCAUAAAAAUUGUGUUAAUACAAUAAGUCAUGCAGAUAAAACUAAGCGUGAUAGAUAGCAGGGCAAACUGGAAAUGUGCUGUUAUUUUUGCACUCGUGAUAGUUUUAGUUAUGUUCUGGCACUUCAUGGGUAGCAGAAGGGUUUUGACAGCAGGGCUAAAGAGCAUUGUUUUGUAUGGUGGAGAGAACAAAUUUGAAUAUAAUUAUGAAGUCCUUGGCUUGCUUAAUCACAACAACAUGGCAAGGUUAUCGGCUGCAGUGGAUCCAGUGACACGAGAUUUACUUCAAAAGGAUAAUAACCGCUUAUUUCAUUUAGUAACAACAUUUGUCCCUUUUGACCAUCCUGAUGUUAGAAAAGGACUUCUAAUAAAUGAUGACUUGCCACCAACUGACCAGGAAGUUGAGGCAAGAAUGGCAGAAGUCACCAACUGCCUUCAACGAAAUCUUGAUCACAGUCUAAUUGCAUAUGUUCAUGUAUUAGUUUUUCGUGAAGAAACACUAACAUUUCUGCAAAUGUUGGAUAUCAAGAAUAGUCAUAAACUUAUUAUACACAAGAAUGAGGAGUCACCAACUUUAAAACAAGAGGUUUUGUAUGCUGCAAAAUAUUUGAAAGGAAAGACAGUAAUUGUCAGUCAUCAAGAUAACUACAUCGGAGAAGGGUGGGAGAAGGUCAACCACAAGGUGUUGCAGAAGAAAAAGCUAAUGUAUGCAUUGACGAGGCACCCAUCUCCUCUUAAAUGCAGUGCAACAACUACAGCUGCACAUUGUGGUGAAGACUACCCUUACAUGGGGAGCCAUGACACUUUUGUCUUCCAUGUACACACAAAAUUUCCAGGUCAUCAGCUUGUUGAAGUGGAUGUCACUCCAAACAUGGCGGGUAUUGAAAAUGUACUAAUAUGGAUCUUUAAAACACGAUUUAAUUAUAAGGUAUUGAAUCCAUGUAAGGUGUUAACUGUUUAUCAUAGUCAUUGUGUCUCUGUUCGAGAAAUGGGAAGAGAAAGAAUAAAUGUAGAAGGUAAAAAUGCUUUAGUGUAUUUUACCUACCAACUAGAAUAGCUCUAGAUCAUUAUAAUUUAUGUCACAAAAAAUUAAUCUCUUAUACAUGAAGGCAGGGUCCACACCACCGAGGGGGGGCUGGAGGGGACACGGCCCCCUAACUUUUUUGGCAGACAAAAUUAUUUACAAAGAGCCUCUGUUUUGAAGCACUAAAUUCAAGUUCAAUUUGUAGAACCUGGCCCCUCCACCUUGUGACGUGGGCCCUAGAAGGUAAUGAUGGCCAAAUUAAAAUUGUCCAAGAGCUUCUAUGGACAAUUAGAUAGUAAAAUCUACUAACUUGUAAAAUGAAACUAUGCUGCUAAUUAAGGUCACUUACAAAUAUUAGCCAAAACAUUUGGAAAACUCAGCCUUCUUCUUAGAGGCUCUUCACAUAAAAAUUUCAGGCCGGUUUGGAACUCAUGCCGGCCUGAGUUCAGUUCAGGUGUGCUAAUUUUCUUCAAGCCAGCUUGAAAAUUCAAACUGGUUUGGAAUUGAAUCUCAGGGCGGUAUGAGUUUCAAUUCGCCCUUCUCAUGUGAACACUCAAAGGGAUCUGACCAAACACCAAACUGAACUCAGGCCGGCACGAGUCUCGACUGGCCUAAAAUUUCUCAUGUGAAGAGCCUCUUAUAAAUAAAGGCUUCUUCCACACAGAUGCAGAUUCCAAAUCACAGGUUGUCAGAAAAUUUUGUUUGCAUCUGUCUACAAACUCUCAAAUUAGAGAUGCAUUCUUAAUUUUUCAAAUAGCUAUUACAUUUAUACAUCUUAAGUACCAAAAUCAUCCUUGUUUAUAUUUGGUUACCUAUAUAGAAAGCUUCUUACAAAAGAUAAGUGACAUUGCUUCCUCCUCUCUAAAGCCAAGCAAACAUUUUUACUACCAUGAUAACCCUUUUUAGUUUUGCAGCUUGCAGCAUCAACUUUGUUUUGAAGGCAAAUGGGAAAUUUUGAAAAACUAAGUUUUUUAAGAUUUUUUGGGCCUUUUUGCAUAACAUUUCAAAUUUUUUAUAUAUCAUUUGAGCGCUAUGCAUAUUUUCAUGCCAUGCUUUUAAGUGAAAAUCUGUUUGUUGUGAUAGCUCAAAAAUGAAACAAAUAAUAUGUAAUUUGUUAAAUGUU